AUGGAUCAUCACGCAACGUUAAAUGAAAUUGAUAGUCUUUCAAUGGGUGAACUGCAAAGGCAAUUGGUGACUUGGGUGGAAGAAAAAGGAUUAUUAAAUGAACUGAGAGCUUAUCUGAGGAAAAAAAUGAUAUUUUUACUGAAAGAUACGAUAUUAGAUCAGAAGACCUCAAUAGUUGAUCAAAUAUGUGUAACGCCUAAACUCCAAGCAUUAGCAUUGCUAGUUGCUGAAUAUCUGUUAUCGCAAAAAUUGUUUUAUUCUUUGUCAGUCUUUAGUACCGAAGUUCCAACUAUUACACAUGUAAAUAAAUUUUGCCAACAAAUUCAGAAUGCAAAUGACAUUAAUGAGAACUCUCCAAAGCUCGAUUCAAAUGAAAUAACACGUAUAUUGGAAGCAGUUGGUAUUUCUGGACAUAGUGAACUUGUUAAUAAUAUAAUGCUAUCAUAUACAAAUGCUACUGACAGAAAAGAAUCACUCAUAGGAAGCAUUUUGGAAAAUAUUUCUACGGCAGUUGAUAAAUUAUCUGAAAAAAAUGUUGAAAAAUUGACUCAAGGCACAAAUACUGAUGAAUUUUUAGAAGGAAAAAGAACUAUUAACUCUAUAGCAGACCUAAACUUGUUAUUCGAGGAUUAUCAUUUGAAACAGCAUCAAUCUGCCGUCUUUAUGUUUAUUGAUAAAGAACAUGCUAGAAUAAAAUCUGAGGAAAAAGCAAAGUAUAAAAGUAAAUUAUACAAACACCAAAAAACACUAUUUCAAGAAGUGAAAACCAGAGAAGAAUAUGUGCUUAGAAAAUUAAAUGAAGCUGAAGUUCGGUUAGUAACACAAAAACAGCAAAUCGAAGCUAAUUUAAAACGCAAACAAAAUCAUUUACAGGAAUUAGCUGAUGAAUUAGGACAUAUUCACAACCAACUUUCAAGACGUGAGGAGAUUCUUAGUUCCUUAAAACAAGAAGCUAUAUCAGCGCUAAAGGAAAAGCCAAGCAUGAAUAUUUGUGAUCAAUGUAAAAGUUGUGACCAUUUGAAAAAGCAAGAAGUAACAAAAUCAGCUGGUCAAAAUAUAAGCCAGGAGCAAAAAAUCCUCCAAGCGUCUGAUUCUGAACGGUUGUGCGAAAGAAAACUUUUCAGUGACAUAAUUCUUGGACUUCAAAAGGAAAACACGGCGUUAAAAGAUGAAACUUUGAAGCAUCGCACAUCAAUAAUGAAAUUAAAAUGUAAAUUAGCAAAGACAAAAUCAGUUCAUGAAAAUAAGCGGCCAUUUUAUACAAGUCAAUUAUGUUUACCCGUGACUCAACUUAUUCGACCGAGCAGUUUGUCACCAAUUAUAAGUUCCGACAAGGAACAUAUACCCAGCUCCAAUUCAUCAAGUAAAUCUGAUAUUACUUCUGUGAAAAAUGCAAGUUCUUCAAUGAGAAUUCAGAUCGUUGGUGCAGAAAAUACGGAAAACAUUAAAAGAAAGCGCUCAAGUCUUAAAAAUGAUGAUAGUGAGUUAUCAACGAAAACUAAGGAAGUACACAUCCAUGCAUCAUCCCCAGUCGCAGAUUUAACUAGAGAUAUUAAUAAAUACGAAUUAAAGGAAAAUAAUGAAUCAAAAUUUACAAUAGACAUUGCAAAAAAAUCAGAAACGCUUGAUUUUUCCAAGAAACAUAAAAAACAAAAAUGA